UUGAGAGUCCAGCCCAUGGGUCAGAGCCUCCUGCCGGCUCCGCUUGGUCACGAUGCAGCUGGGGUCAUCCCCAUCCCUGCGCCUGCCUCCCAGGGUCCCCGUUCCUGCCUGGCCCCUUCCCUCCCUGCAGCCCCCGGACACGGGCUAGGAGAAUGGCCCUGCCCGCUGCCCCGUCACUCCGGGCGCUGCUUCUGCUGCCUCUGCUGCUGCCGCCCUUCUCAGCGGCCUCCAAGCGGAACAUCCCCAAAGUACUGCUGCCCUUCACCUGGAGCACCCGAAUCAACUACAGAUACUGAACAUCUUUAUACCGUGGUUUUUCAAGAGAUCUGUGGACGCUUUGGAAAGGUCUAUAACUGGGAUGUGAAAUCAUUAGUCAUGGGUAAAAAAGCAUUGGAGGGAGCAAAGAUUAUUCGAGAUGUACUUGAACUUCCGAUGACCAAAGAGGAGCUACUGCAUGAAAGUAAAAUGAAGCAGGAAAAAAUAUUUCCUAAUGCUGCACUGAUGCCAGGGGUUGAAAAGCUGAUCCGUCAUCUACACAAACACAAUAUACCUAUCGCUAUUGCUACUAGCUCAGCUGGAGUGACAUUUGAGAUGAAAACAAGCAAACACAAAGACUUCUUUAGUCUGUUUCAUCACAUUGUGUUGGGAGAUGACCCAGAUGCGAAGAACAGCAAGCCACAGCCUGACAUAUUUUUAGUUUGUGCAAAGAGAUUUCACCCUCCUCCCCCUCCAGAAAAGUGUCUUGUGUUUGAAGAUUCUCCACUUGGGGUGCAAGCAGCAUUGGCAGCUGGGAUGCAAGUGGUUAUGAUACCAGAUGAAAAUUUGAAUCAAGAUCUUACAAAGGAUGCCAAUCUAGUACUGAAAUCUAUGGAGGAUUUUAAACCUGAACUGUUUGGUUUACCGCCGUAUGACUAAAGACUAAUAUUUUUCAGCAUGUUCUUAGUUGAAGAUUGGGGAGCAGGGAAUGAAAAUUUAGAGUAAAAUAUUAACUAUUUUUCAUUUUUCUUACCAAAACAAGAUAAUGAAGUCUUUUGUGAAUUACUGUUAAAUUUCUCUGGAUAUUCUUGGUUUGUCUUCUUCAGUGCUAAGUGGAAGGAAUAUUCCUUUUUUCCUAUCCUUCACUUCUGUUAGUCUUGUCAUCUCCAUAAUGUUCUGUACACUCGGUGCAUUUCCAAAAGUGCAAAGACAGUCUUCUUCAAACAUGGAGAUAUUUUGCUCUAGUUUGCUUGAAUAACAUACUUCUUAGAAAACAGCACUCAGCAUUUUCCUUGUUAGGCAUAGGCUGUUGUCCUCUUACACCACUGUUUAGCAUUGUUGCUACCACCUAUCCCUAACGUAUACAUUUGUCUUUUCUGUUCUUUGUCUUCUGUUGGGUUUUUGGUUUUGUGCAUUUUACUUUCAUGUUCUCUUUUUUGUUCUCUUUCUUUUUGUGAAAAGAGUGCAGAGGCCACCACUGUCAGCCAUAGACUCUUGCAGCUAAACUGAUUGCUGUGUAAGCCUCUGUAACUCUACUACUCCUUACCUAUUCCCUCAUCUCAUUUUGUAUCAUCUCUUUUCCGUCCAUUUUGCUCCCAACAAUACUUCUCACAUAAACCUUUCUCACUUGGUCUACACUAUGGCUAUGCCUUCACUUCCAGUUCUUCUGGCAGAAAAUAUGCUAAUGAGGGACUCAUUAGCAUAAAUCGUGAUCUCAUUAGAAUAUUUUCUGCCUUUUCUUUUUGCACAAAAAGUUUUUGCUCAAAAAGAAGCAGUGUGGAGGGGAGUUUUUGUGCAAAACCCUCCUUUUGCACAAGAGCCUUAUGCUUGUCCCAGACUGGCAUAACGAUCUUGUGGAACAAGGGGUUUUUGCACAAAACAGCUACGACCACACUGCCCGUUUUUGCACAAAACACCCUAGCACAAAAGCGGAACAAAAGAGAGUAUGCAAAUGAAGUGCGGGAAAAUACUAAUCCACGCUUAAAUUGCAUUGCCUCUUGAGGAAAAACUCAUAGUGUAACUGUAGCCUCAGUAUUUAGUCCGUUCUUUAGUCUUCAUGAGCUCAUUCACAAGGCUCCCUACCUUCUCCACAGUUAAGUCUUUCUGAAGGCUUCUAAUAUUAUUUUUACUACAGAUAAUUGUGCUGAUUCAAUACCAAAAGUAAUAUUUUGUUUGUUUUGUAGCUUAUCUUUAUUUUGCCAACAUUCAUCUUUGCCACCCUGUAUAUUAUAUUAAUACUUGCUAACUCCAGUCUAUUGCUGUCUGUCUUUUGCUUUUGAGCUCUUCAGGAAAUAAUUGUGUCUUUGUUUUUGUUUUUGUUUUGGAAAGCAUUGUGUGCGCUCCCAUAAACAAACAAAUAAUAAUUUGCAGGGCUUGAAAAACGCGUUUACUGGCGACGCGUGCAUGCGUAGUGCGGGGCUGGCGAGCGGCUUUCGCCACCGUUUGUCAAGCCCUGAUAAUUUGUAUGGUGACAGCUAUCCAGAGUAGUUCCCUACCACUUUUGUUCUCCUCUAUGUCUUGACUUCCAUGUACUCCUUUGCCCCAGUCCCCAGAUAGGACAACAUUAAAUUACAAGAUCUUGACUCUUGUAUAGAGAUAAUGAUUGCAUUCUCAAUUUGAAAAAAAAAUAACAGUGGGAAGCCUUUAAUUACUCCCAUAAUCACAGUAAAACUUUUUUUAUGAAGAUAGUGAUCAUAAAAAUGCUGAAGAUAAGAAACAGGUUCUUCAGUAUUUUAUUUCAGUUAAUAAUAUCUGAAAUUCUAUUUCCUUCUAUUAUGCAUGUGAAAAAAUUAAAUGGUUGAAUUAUCAGAAUGCUGUUUGUUCAUUUUUUAAAUAAGUGGACUAUUAAAAAUAACAGAUUGUAACUCAAGAACUCUGAGGUGAAAUAUUUCUCUAGCAUUUCUGCUGCUCACAUUUAGCUUGUCUUUUUUAAUAAGAAGCCACGAAUGAAAGUUGAAAGGCUGACUCAAAUUCUUAAAGGUAUUACAUGAAUUUUUAAUUGUUGUUUUCUAUUAAAAAAAUUUAAUUUUGUUUUACCAUUUAAAGCACUCUUCAUAUGUGAGUAUACUAUUUAAAUACCUUAAAGUUAAUGGUAUCUUAUUUCAAACUAUCAGUAGAUUAUUAAUUGGUAUCAUAAAAAUAUUGUCAAAAACAAUAUAGUAAUAGUAUUUCAUCUGCAUUGCCUUUCAUCUAAGGAUCUGAAAGUACGGGGAAUGAUUAUUGCUAUUUGUAAAAUUAUUUUGCGUAUAAUUGUUGACGUUAUAGUGAGUAUUUAUGUUGUAUCUACAAUCCAAUGAAAAUAAUGCAAAUCCUAUCUCUUCUGUUGCCAUUCAAGAUGACCGAAAUUUUAUUGCACAGUUCCUUCAUGGCUAAUGUUGCAUAUUAGAAAGUGUUACCAUACAGUAAUAAUUCUGAGCUUUCAAGUGUAAAACAGGUGGCUUUUGGGAUCUGUUUAGUUCAUAAUUGCUGAAUUCCAACUGGGGACUUAUUACAUAGAACAAGCUCUAAUAAAUUAUAAUUGGUAACUUUU